ACUACUGCGCCGGUCUACUGCGCAUAACACUAGACUGGGCCGACCGGAGGAGGGUGCAGCAACUAGCAAAACCUUGGUCCCUACAAUUGUCUCAGUAUAAAAGUCUUCCAACAUGCCUGGAGUGGAUAAACUUCUCCUGGAAGAAGCCCUAGAAGACGCUCCGGUGUGUUUGAGCAGGAUGUGGACAUUUUGAACCUGUACACUUCAGAGCUGCUGACGGCCUGUCGGAGGCUCGUCAACACACAGCAUAAUUUGGGGUCAGCGACACAGGAACUCUCCAAGCAAUUACUGCAGUAUGAAAAACUGCGGUUUCCCCUUGCUGGUGAGGACACCAUCAUCAAUUCUACAAUCCAGCAGUUUGCCAAGACUGUAGACGAGAUCAGCUCCUGGCAUGCUGUACUGGCCACCCAGCUGGUGGAUGGGCUCAUGUUCCCUCUCAAUAAGUUCAUGGAGAACGAUGUCACAGAGGCAAUCACAUUGCGAGAGAGUUUCAGACAAGCAAGUGAAGAACAUGAUGCUGCUAUUCUCAAAUAUAGCAGGCUGUCUAAGAAGAGAGAUAGUGAAAAGGCUAAACUGGAAAGGCAAGAGGCCAAUGAUGAGCUGCACAUGGCAAGGAGGAAGUUUCAUCAGCUAGCCAUGCAGUACUACGCAGCCCAGAACUCACUACAGUACAAAAGAAGAUGUGCCAUGUUGGAACCUUUUGUAGGCUACAUACAGGCACAGGUGAGUUUCUUCAGAAUGGGACAGGACAUCAUGAACCAACAGCUGGAAGAUUUCCUCAAGAACAUCUCCACCUCAGUGGGCAAUGUUAAGGCAGAGUUGUCUGAAGAAGCCCAGAGACAGGAGCUCCUGAUCAACACCAUCCUGGCAGAGGCCCAGGUAUCCAACAUCUACUCACCUGAACCUCUAACAACACAGGAGGAGCCAGACAAGGAGGCGAAAGAGAAGAGUGAAGGUGAGGAAGUGGAGAAGGCACAGCAGGCAGUGGAGGUGGUUAGAGCAGCCAACAAAACUCUCACCCAAAAGGCAGGGUACCUCAACAUAAGGAGUCGCCAUGGACUAAUGCACCAGUGGGACCGGAUGUACUUCUUCACACAGGGAGGGAACCUCAUGAGCCAGGCCAGGAACCAGUUUGCAGGCAGCCUAGUCAUGGAUCUGGACAACACAAUAGUAGAGCCUACAGAUGUGGAUGACAGGAGGUUUGUCUUCCAGAUCAAGUCUCCUGAGAAAAAAGGACCCAAAUAUGUGCUUCAAGCUGACAGUGAAGCAGAGCAGGAGGAGUGGGUUUCAACCCUACAUAACAUCUCACAGGGACUGUACCUCAAGGACAACCCACAGGAGGCCAUGAAACAGAUGCUGGGUGUUGACAAGUCCAUAGAAGUUGCUGAGGAGCAGGCCUUUACAGGCAUGGGGGACCUGGCAGAGUCCAGGGCACAGGAGGAGGAGGCUAAGGUGGAGGCUGCAGCAGCCGCAGCAGCAGCCGCUUCAGCUGCAGCCGCUGCUUCAGCCGCAGCUGCAAAGACUGAAGCACCUGCAGUCAAGACAAAGGAGACUAAGGAAAAGAAGGGAUUUGGGAUCAAUCUAAUGGGCAGAUCCAGGAAAACCAGUGGGAGCAGUAGCAGCAGUAGUGGGGGUGGUGGGGGAGGGGGAGGGAGUGGUGGUGGGGGGAAGGAUCCAUCCUCUGGACCUACCCCCUCCCCUCUGGACAUGAUUGCAGCCACUCCUAUACAGUUUGAGAUCAUCCCCAUGGGGGAAGAACACCAGGAUGAUCGGCCAAAAGAUGGACCUCCAAGGCAUGUCACGCCCUUUGUCAGAUUUGCCUCUGUGCCGUCGGGACCUGCUUUCACUAGGACAUUUGCAGCAAGAUUUUUGGGAUCCAUGGAAGUCGGUGCAGACAGAGGUUCUGAGCUGAUAUUUGCUGCCAUGCGUCAGAUCAUGGCAGCUCGUGCCAUACACAGUAUCUUCAGAACACAGGAGCUGCAAAUCAUCAUCAAUAAUGACUCACUCAGAUUGGUGGAGCAGGCCAACAAUGUAGUGAUGAUGGAGUUUGGUCUGGAAAACAUUUCUAUGUGUGCAGCACACAAAGAGAAUACAAGACUAUUUGGGUUCAUUGCAAGAGGCCCUAAAGUGGAAGGUGAAAGGUCAAAGUACACCUGCCAUGUAUUUGAAGCAAAUUCCCCAGGAACAGAGAUCUGCCAGGCAGUGGCUGAUGCUACACAGAAUGUACUGAAACAAAAGCAGGAGGAAGACUCUGCUGAAAAGCAAAAGGAAAUAGAAAAUAGCAUCCUGGAAAACAUGAUGGCCACCUCUGCAACCCCACCCUCCUCUCCCUCGAGUAGUUCCUCCCAGUUGACCAAUGGUACCGGUACCACCUCCACCAGCAGUCUCAUAAAGUUGGAUUGGGACCACCAUGAGUCGGAGGCAUAGCUAAGUCUUGAUGGGGCUUGUGGGCUGCCUCAUUCUGAAGAAUGUGCAUGCUGCAUUUUUUUCAAACUAUUGUUCUCGUCUUUUUAUGAUACUUACAAUCAUGAAUUUUAUCCAGAUUUACUAUUUAUCUAAAUAGGUAAUGCUAUAAAUGCUCAGUAACUGCUAGACUUUGGUACAAUGAUAUCGUGCAUAAAGAUGUGUGAUCUUUAAGCAGUUGACUGUAUUUCUUUGCUGGCCAUGGAGUUUAACCCAUAAGUUGCAUAGAGUUGUGACUGGGAGUGCUUGUUGCAGUACCAUCAUGUGUAUAUAGGGGGCAUAGUUGAACCAGUAGCAGGUAUGCAUUUGGUUGAUGCAGAGGAUAAUGUCCAGCAUGUAUUAUACAAAAAUGUUCUCAGAUAUAUGUUUGGUGAUAUGUGUUCUGCUGAUUUCUUUUAGAACAUCAAUGUAAAAGUAUAUGUGGGUUGUUACAUGGAUAGCACAUACAAUGUAUGGAGAUGGUCAGGUUGUAUUUUGAUGGAUGAAAAUCCAAUGUUUGCCUGUAGAUUCAAUAUCUAAAAGCCAUAAGAAAACUAGCAAGUAUAUGUGUAAGCAAGAGUCUUGGUGAAGAAAUAAGUUACAAAAUGUACAAAAAAUCUUAUGUCUGUGCAUAAGUUGUAAAUGUAAAGGCUUCUAUCAAUGGCUUAUCUUAGUUAACUACAUGUAAAUUCAACUUUUAUCAGAAAUUUAUCUCUGGUGUCUUACAGUAAUAGAGGGUUUCUACAUAUAGGAAAGAAAUUAAUAAAGUCAAGUUCAGAUAUAACGAAGGAAUAGUGUGGCAAUAAGGUAGUGUUUCGUCAGUUACACUGACAAAUAUUGUAUCAUGGUGAACUCAUGUACAAAUGUAUGAGGGAAUAAUGUCACUGUAUCAUAGCCAAGAAUAGAUCAUGUGAUGUACUCUACUGUGAAAUGGGAGGGUAUGAAAAUACUCUUAUUGAUAGCCAAUGAUAGGUCAAUAUGCCAGAAGGUGUGUGUGUGAGGGGGGCUUGCUACAGAAAAGUAUGGAGUAAUACUUUUGUCUUUAUAAUGUAUAAACUUGAUCCUCUAAUGAACUUGAACUCUUGAAGGAUUGUAUAUUGCAUUUGUCUUUGACACUACAUGUCUACUGUCUACAUGUUUGGAUAUGGUGUUUUGGAAGAAUUCCUUAUACCUUUGAAUGGAAAUAAGAUAAGGCUCUAUAGAAGUUGCCACCUUUAAGGUACAGUAUAGUAGAAGAGGUUUGUGGAUAAGACUGCAGAGCAGCGUGCGUGAUGAGGGAUCUGAAGAGUUUUAGACAACACUGGUAAGGGAACAGCUAUAGAAAGCAGUUCAAAGCAAGGCCAACUUUUUGUAUUAUAAUCAAUAUGAUGAGUGAAUAAUAUAUGAUGUCUGUGUAAGAGAAAGAUAAAGAGGAGUUUUGAUUUUGAUAAGAUUGCAUUGUACAGAGGUUUGUAAUGGGUUAUUGUAUUAAGCGAUUUGUUUGAAGUGGGUUUUAAUUUGGAAGAAGGUGGUGAGAGUUUCUUUACUACAUAGAAAUCUGGGCGCUGAACCUUUGUGAAAGGAAAACAAAAAUAUAUAAGAUUGGACAGAAAAUGA